CGUCUUCGUGGUGUAGACAGUUUGGGCAUUCAGUAGGAGAAGACGUAUCCGUAUCUAUCAGGGUGAUCCUUCCACUCUAUAGCCAACUUGGUCUUGAAUACAUUUACUGAGCUGCUGUUUACUGUGGCUGGUGACAGUUUAUUCCAAAUUGGGGUUGUUCUUGCAGGGAAGAAGUUGGACCUGGGUCCAUUUGAUUUUUGUACCUGGUACUUGUAGGCAUGUCCUCUAGUCUUUUUCGAUAAACUGGGCAUGAACAUUACAAUCGAAAAUACAUACGUAAUGUACUGUGCUAGUACACAAUAGGUGCACAUUGGCAUGCAGCUACAUUGGUGGUAAAAUUGAAUUGAUAGAUACAUAUCAAAUGGAACUGUUUUUCCCAAUAUAAGUAUAAUCAUAACUAUGAAUUACUACAUGUAUGAAUUAGAGGUCCAUCAAUAACUAAUGCAUAUUAAGACAGAAAGUUAAUUUGAUUAUUUCCUCGUUUGAUCUUGUGAGAAAUUAUGUAUACUUGACACUAUGAUGUGAAUACACCUCAAGUAACACAAUAUACAUGUACAUUCAAAUCACUAAUAAUACUACAGCUACUACUAGUAAGUUAGUACUAGUAUACAGAUAUAGUUGAACGAUACAACCUAACAACAAAAUGUUGGAAUAACUGCCAAUAGCACUGACUGUAUGAAGCAUGUUACAUGUAGUUUGAUUGGAAUUGAUAAUAUGGAUAGUUAUAUUUAUGGUAAAGUGCAUAUGCAUUGCAGUGUCUACUAGUACUUAUCAAGACAAUGGGCAAGGGAUUGUCACCGUCUUAGCACCUCCUUGGAGACCUAUUCUUGGGUAAACAGCUGAUCAGAAAGAGUGGCAACUGUUGUUUGACUAAUUCAUGAACUCAGACAACUGUUACCCAGCUGCCCUUCAUGCUAAUUUUGUAGUCUGUAUAUAGAAACUGCCCCGCCAGGGGUGAUUGUGGGCCAGUCUGAGCCUUUACAGCCUGCAUGCUGCUGAGGGAUUUCCUUUCUUGCACUUGGUUUGGUGAUAUAGAGCUGCUUUGGAGUUGGAUUUAACUGUGAUCCUUUGCCUUUGACUGUGACCUGCUGCCACCCUAUUUGUGCCUGCUACAGAGCUCCAGAAGAACAGGAUUUCUCAGACCCUGGUGUGUGUGGCUGCAUGAGAGAAGAAAGGACCUGUCAGUGUGUGUAUGCUGUCUUCCCAAGCAUAGUCUUUAUCUCUGGGCCCAGUGACUUCUACCUUAUCUUCAGAGGACGCUGCCAAUGAAAGGGAGAGCUUCCAUCCAGUUACUAGUAAUCACAUCUGAGAGGGAAAAUUAGAAGACAGAUUUUUACCAAGUUCAGUUCAGCUUAGGACAAUUGUCUGCUCCGGUGCCAGAAGGCUUAUUCCCAGUGGACUACGUGUUUUGAAUGUAGAACUCUAGCAGCAGGUGCAGUGGCAAAAUCCUGUUGCUUUCAUUUUCCUAGAUUUAUCUUAUUCCAUCACUGUUGUUGUCACUAUGCCAGCCCCUAGCCUUUUUAACAUCUGCGUGCAUUCUGUAGGCGAUAUUUUGUUUAAGGCUCAUAACGGUAAUCAAGUAGGUAUUAGUGCUGCUAUCAAGGAAUUACAGGUUCCUCGGACAGUUACAAAAGACCUGGUGUCCUUCUUUACUGAUGUGCAGUUGGAUGAGUUUUUCUAUUCUGUGUCACUGGUACUACAUAAACCUCUGGCGGUAAAUCUGGAGAAGGUCAAACGGCAGACGAAGCGCCCAUGUACGAUUGGCUGGCGAUGGCCUGGUACAUACGUCUUCCUGACGGAUGCAGAAACAAGGCUGAGGUUCCGCUUUAUCGAGCCCCACGAGUGUACUCUGAUUGUCGUCGGCAUGCACGCUGGAAUGGUACCACUGUCUGAAGUCAUCAACCUGCUACAUUUGUAUGAAAUACUCCCGGUUGACACAGAUAUUUCCGAGUACUCCUGUUCAUCAAGCAUGAAGGUAGCCAAGGGAGGGAACCCACCAACUCUGGCGUACAAAAUCGCUCACCGGUACGAGGGACCGCCUGAAGAGCUGCCGUACAUGCACGAGCUCUACCGCCGCAGUGUGUUAGGGAAGAAGAACAUAUGCAUUGACAACAUACCCGGACCCUUCGGACACAACUUGGUGUACAGAAAUCAUCUGAGCAAGGUUCCCAGGGGAGUCAGCAUGGGAGGAGAUCCACGGUUACAGUUUGCGAUCCCAGCCCUGUACAUUGACAGUGACUAUGAAAACGAUGAAACAGAUGAUGAGUCGGAUUGUGAUGACGACAGCUUGUGCUCAUCUUCAGAUGAGUUAUAUGUAAGUGAAGACGAAUGGAAAGAAUCAGAAUAAUUAUCAAUGCAGAAGGGAUUGUGACUAUACUAUAUAAUCAUGGUGAGGCUUUUAAUCGUUGUAAUGAUUGUGUGUACAUUCUAAAUCUAUCAUGGCUGGAUGUUGUGUGUUACAAUGGCACAUGUACAAUGGUACAUGUAAAGAAAUCAUCGGUGAACAUAGAAUUCUAGAGAUGCAGAAUUUACAAUCUGUAUUAUCUAUUUUGAGUAGAAUAUUUAUGGAUAGAUAUGGAGGACUGAUUUUAUUUCAUACUUAAUGCUGUAACAUAAUUGUUGAGUAAUAUUAGGCAUUAAUAUUAAUUGUAUAUACGAUUUAAAAUUAAUUUGGACUAUUUAUUUAUAUUCAGGGUGAGUAUAUGGAAGUUUUUAGGAAUUGAUAUGAAUUGAUUUUACAGUAAACAAAAUAUUGCAGACAUGAAGAUUUAAUCCCUCUAUAUAAUAUACUCAUAUCUGAAUUAUGAUUUCUGGUUAUUACCGGUAUGAUUGAUUGAUUCCAAUGCAAAAAUACAGAUUUAUCUGAAACAA